GUUUCCGCCGGCUGUGGUUAUUUGGUUCUAUGCUGUUUUUCGGUGAAAGGCACCGGGAGACUGACGUCUGGCACCGAGCUGUGGUUGGAUGGUCCUCUCAGAUCUAAAAAGAGUUAAGACAAUGGAUACAUCUGAGGGGCUGGUGUCCUUUGAGGAUGUGUCUGUGGACUUCACCUGGGAUGAAUGGCAGGACCUGGAUGACAUGCAGAGGAAGCUCUACAGGGACGUGAUGCUGGAGACCUACAGCAGCCUGCUGUCCUUGAAUCAGUGUGAUCCCAAACCUGAGUUGAUCCUGAGGUUGGAGAAAGAAGCUGGGCCAUGGAAGGAAGAAAAUUCCCCAAACCAGAGGCUCCCAGAUAUACAGAACGUGGAUGACAGGAAUGAGGUCAGCCAAGACAGCCAAAAGAUACGCGGAUGCAAUCUGGUAAUUGCCAAGAGCAGCGCAUCAGCUGAGAGGGCUACAGCAGGAAAAGCACUGAAUAGUUUGCACCAUGUUUUAGAUCUGUCUGUAAAGAACCGCACAUCUUCUGGAACAAGCCCUGGGGCACUUAAUAGUAGGGACAGUGUGCUUCUUCCUAGGAAGCCCAGUGAGAUGCAGGCUAGAGAGGAACUUGAUCUUCCUGAUGUAACCAGGUUGUCCCCCAGACUUCCUGAGCCGCUCAGUCUGUGUCCCAGUACUGAAUGUGAAGAGCAGCAUCUUCAGGACUGUGGGCCGAGCGAAGCCUUCCACGGGAAGCCAGUGUGGUUACAAAAACCAUUCUCUAUGAGAGAUCCCUCCAGUAAGUUGAGGGACUACAGGAAAGAGUUAGAAAAGUUAGCUCUUCCUGCCAAAGGGGAAACUCGGCCACAGGUGCAAACUUUUGAAUGCAAAGUGUGUGGGAAGUUAUUCUAUAAAAAUUCCCAUCUCACACAGCAUUUAAAAAUGCAUAAAGAAAAGAGAUGUUAUAAAGGUAGGAAUUGUGAACCAAUACUCAAUAUACAACCAAAACUCCCAAAACAUCAGAGCUUUGGUGUGGGAGAAGAGCCUUAUACAUGUAAUGAUGAUGAGAAAUACAUUUGUCCAAAAUCAGAAAAAGGUGUGCAGCAGAAAAUCAUAGUUGAUGGAAGGAUUGUGUGUGGGAAGACCGUGUACUCAAAAUUAAAUUGCAGCGUUCAGCAGAACCCUCACAAGGAUGUGAAAUCCCAUGAGUACAAUAUAUCUAUCAAAACAAUUAGUAAGUCAGACUUCCAUCAGCUGGAGACACCUCACAGAUACAAGAGAGUGUAUGAAUGUCAUGCAUGUGGCAAAACCUUUAGUCAUACACCACAUGUCUACUCACACUCGGGAGCUCACGCGACUGAGAAACCCGAUGAGUGUGAAGACUGUCGGCAGUUGAAGCUCGUAGUGAGCCAGCCAGCUCACACACAGGAGAAACGCUAUGUGUGUAAUGUGUGUGGAAAAGCCUUUUACAAGCGAGCCCACCUACACGCACAUCAGAGGACCCACACAGGUGAGAAGCCAUAUGACUGUAAAGAAUGCGGGAAGUCUUUUAGACUGAAGUCAUUUCUUGUUGUACAUCAGAGGAUUCACACGGGUGAGAAACCCUUUGCGUGUGAUACGUGUGGGAAAAGGUUCAAGCAGAGGACGAGUCUCUACACACACAUAAGAAUCCACACAGGUGAGAAGCCCUACCAGUGUAAAGAGUGCAGGAAGUCAUUCAUUCUCAAGUCAUACCUCACUGUGCAUCAGAGAACUCACUCGGGGGAGAAGCCCUAUGAGUGUGACGUAUGUGGGAAAUCCUUUAAGCAAAAUUCCCACCUUCAUGCACACAAGAGAACUCACACAAGUGAGAAACCCUAUGAGUGUAUUGUAUGUGGCAAAAGUUACAAGCAGAGUCCGAGCCUCUACACACACAGGAAAAUCCACACCAGUGAGAAACCCUAUGAGUGUAAACAGUGUAGAAAGUCAUUUAGUUUGAAAUUCCACCUCACUAGACAUCAGAGAACUCACACCAGUGAGAAACACUAUCAGCCUCACGAAGCAUUCACUUUAGAGCUUUGGUGUAUUCCAAAUGCAACGAUGUCACUAGCGAGUGACCGGGAUGCCCUAAACUGUAUAAGCCCCAAAGACGGUCUCACCGGCUCUGAGAUCCGGGCGGCUCCCGCGAACUUCCGGUCUAUUUCCGGCGUCGCCAUCUUGCUUCCGGUUUCCAAGGGGGUUGGAUUGUGGCCUCAGUCCUGCGCCAGCCUGUCUGGACAUCUACGCGUUGUCAGACACCAGCCUUCUGGUGAGUACAGCUGGUUUCUGCCUGCAGGGGCGGGCGCUGUGCCGCGUGCAGAUGGCGCGAUCCCGGGAGUCCUGUGCGAGCUGAGUUCACAACCUCUGUCGCCCUCGGUUCUGGCGUGGCAGAGCCGACCCUCCUUGAUGCUGCAAGGAGAUUUGUCUUCAGCCUCCUUGUCUUCAUCUCGCCUCCUCCUAGUCCUGACCCCGAGAUAUUGGAAUCCACAAACGAGGCACAGCAACAGCCUGCAGCUUCUGUUGCCCGUCUUUUCCAGCAGUGAUUGCAGGGUUCUCCAUGUGCCUCGGAGAGCAAGGAGAAUGCGCCCAGUUGUGGGGCUGGUGUCCUUUGAGGAUGUGUCUGUGGACUUCACCUGGGAUGAAUGGCAGGACCUGGAUGACACGCAGAGGAAGCUCUACAGGGACGUGAUGCUGGAGACCUACAGCAGCCUGCUGUCCUUGAAUCAGUGUGAUGCCAAACCCGCAUUGAUCCUGAGGUUAGAGCAAGGAGCUGGGCCAUGGAAGGAAGCAGAUGCGGCAGACCAGAGCCUCCCAGCUCUGCAACCUGUGAAGAGCCUGAAGGAAACCAGAAGGGACAAUCGAAAGAGACAUUUGAGCCACCUGGUAAUCACUGGCAGCACAUCAGCUGAGGAGAGGGGCCAAUUUGGGGAAAUACUUAAUAUGAGUUCAAACCAUGUUUUGCACCUGGCUGUUAAGAAUAGGAGCUCUUCUAGAAUGAGAUCUGAGGUGCUUGAUCCGUGGGAAAAUGUGUAUCUCCCUGGCGGGCCCAUUGAGGUGCAGGCUACAGAGGAACUUGAUCAUCUCAGUUCAGUUAAGAUCCCAUGCAGACCUCCUGCACCUCCUAGUCUGGAUCUCAGUGUUGAAAGUGGACAGCGGCACGCCCAGUGUGCUCAGGCUGGCGAAGCCUUAGAUGUGGACGCUGUGUGGACGCAUACCGUGUCUCCUGAAGACAGCUCGACGGACGCCUUUGAUGAGUUGGCUCUUACUGCCCGAGAGGGGACUGGCGUAAGGGAAGAGACUUUUGAUUGUACCAUGUGUAAGAAGUCAUUCUCUGACCAGUGUAACUACACUCAGCAUUUAAACCCACACCUAAAAAGCCAGUGUGCUAAGUGUACUGACGGGGAGCCAGCAUCCCGUACCAAGGCAGGCCUUCAGCACACUCUGCACACAUGGGGAAAACCCCGUGGAUAUAACAACGACAAGAAAUGUGUGCAUCAGAUGCCGAAACUGAGGGCUGAUCAGAGUGUUUUCUCAAGUAAAGAGAGUGAUUGCGUGAAAACAUUUUGCCCAGACUCAACUUUCAGUGUGCAGCAGAGACCACACACAGGUAAAAAGCCCCCUGAGUCCAAUACAUCUGUAAAAACCAACAACCAGCCUCGUAGACGACACAGAUGUGGGAGAGCCUAUCAGUGUAAAGUGUGUGGGAAAGCCUUUAAACACACACAAAAUCUCUAUUUACACCACAGAACUCACACUGGGGAGAAGCCCUAUGAGUGUAAAGAAUGUAAGAAACUAUUCAGUGUAAAAUCAAAUCUCAGCGUACAUCAGAAAACCCACACCGGCGAAAAACCCUAUGAGUGUAACAUAUGUGGUAAUGCCUUUAAAAGGCGGUGUGACCUCACUAUUCACCAGAGAGUCCACACAGGCGAGAAGCCCUACGAAUGUAAGGAGUGCAGGAAAACGUUCAGCAUAAAGUCAGGGCUCAUUGUACAUCAGAGAAUUCACACAGGUGAGAAACCAUAUGAGUGCAGUGUCUGUGGGAAACGUUUUAACCAGAAGUCAAAUCUCUCCACACAUGAGAAAAUCCACACAGGUGAGAAACCCUUUGAAUGCAAAGAAUGUAGCAAAUCAUUUAGUGUCAAGUCAUAUCUCACUAUACAUCUGAAAACUCACUCCGGUGAGAAACCUCAUUCAUGAAGUCUGGGGAAGCCUUCUGUGAGAAGCCAAACCUCCACAGGUGUCCUAGUGCAGACACAGGUCAGCAACCCUGUGCACACGGAAUGUAGGAGAAGGGUAAGCCGGUUUUCCUCCCCACAGACUGCAGAGAGGAGAAGAGUGAUGCACCCUGUGCACGUAAGGUUGCAGAGACUCUGUGAGUCUUAAGUUGGAUCUCAUGGUUGGUUAAUCAGUGAACUCAAAACCCGAGAAACCUACUAGUGUGGGAUCUGUUCAGAAGACUUCUGCCAGAUGUCAGACUUUAGCUAUUGGAGAAACUGCAGGUGAGAGACCCUCUGACUGUGAGGCCUGGUUUGGCCAGUCUGCAGUAAGACUGGAGAAUCCCUACUGAUAGAAGCCCUGAGGGUGGCUGUGUGGAAAAACCCUUAGAAGUCACAUCUCUCAGAAGCUUGGGCUCCCACAGGUGAGAAACCCUGUGACUGCAGCAAAGCACGUCAGACAUCUGUCUUCUCUCCGUGUGUGUCACUGAGGCUCUGUCAGUGUAGUCUACAGAACGGUCACCUGCCACAUGCCAAACCUAGUACACAUCAGAGAACCCUCACCACUGAGAGGCCUUAUGGUUGCCAGGACUCGGAAGCAUUUCCAACAAAUGUGUAGCGGGGUCCUCAGGUAGAAAAGCCCUGCAGUGGAAAAGGAAGUCCCAACAGCAGAUAGCUGACUGCACUUCACACACACAGCUGAGAAGCAGGUGGUGCAUGCAGUGUAUGUAGAGAAACUUUUUCCUGUUUGUCAGAUCUCAGCAGUCCUUAGAUGAGGAGCCCUUCAGCUGUACGGCAUCCUUUACUGCAUACCAAAGAAGGAACGCAGGAUAAGCCAUAGCAAUUUAAUGUGUGCAGAAACUGGGUUCUGUAAAACAAAGACAUCUGCCGCCACUAGAGCACCACACAAACACAAAACCCCAUGAGUAUAAAAACUGAACCAAAAAAAAAAAAGAACAAAAA